UUUCGAGAUAAAAUCACAUGUAUUAUGUUUACUGAAGGAUUCUGUAGAGUUAUGGUAUUAAUUUCAUGUUAACUGUUAAUAAGUAUUGUCAUAUUCUAGUAUGGAGCAUAACCUUCAUGUGGUACAGAAAGAACAAAGUUAAUUAUAAUCGGUAACCAAAUGUUUCCAAGUACCAUACGCUUUUUUAUAAAUAGUUUUUAUAUUAAGGUUCUUACAGGAUGGUUAUUAUGUUCAAUAUAUAUUUUGUGUUAGCUUCAAGGCAACAUUUUCAGUUGUUGGCCCUUGUCUGAAGUGAAAUUGUUCUGGGGUCAGUAUGUUAUUGGUAUGCAUAUAAUGGUAUUGAAGUCCUUACCAAAUUCAGACUACUUUAUGGUUCAUUACAUUUAAGUACGGGAAUUUUGUAUUGAUGUAGAUUCAGUAUUUGUUAUAAUUGUGUUAUUUUUAAAGAACUGAUGUUGCUAUUAUACCUUCAAAUGAUGGAUAAUAGUGAUGUGAAAAUUAUGUACAUACUCAUUUUUACCCUAAAGAUGGACCAAUUUCAUCUGAGACAUGGAUUACAAUAUCAGGGUUUCAAAAUUGUUUAUGGUGUAUGUGUAUGUAGUCUUGUUUGGGGUGAGGGGGAAUUUUGAAGGUUGUAUAAUAGUUAAUCUUUUCACCGACUGGGCUAUUGUUAUGUUUACUUGUAAAUUGCUCAUAGGGUGCAGCACAUUACGGCGCUACAUUGACCGCUUACUAGCAUUGAUUUUACGUAUCUCGGUUAACCUGCGGUGUUAACUGUUGUUGCACUGCACGUGCAUGAUCGCCGAAAUAUUGCUUGUAAGUGAUAUAAACGAAGUGGUCGGGACUUCGAAUAAUUAUCACAAGCUCGCAGUUAUGGCCUCUAUGAAGUCGUCAAUAUUAUUACGAAAAACGAUGUCAUUACAAUUUUUUAUUUAUUAAACUGGUAGAUAGACAGGAAAUUGAUGAAGCGUGUGUAUCUCUCAAAUCUAGAAUAAAAAAAUAGUUAUAUAUUCUAUUGUUUGAUAAUUGUGAUGAAUAUUGCCUCAGCUUGUGUAAUGUUAGCAGCAGAGCAACAAGCGUUUAUACUGGGCAGAACGUCGUGCUCCUCAGAGACGCCAUCUCGAAGACUGGAGUCCUCGACAAUGCCAUCCCAGUCGUUGCAGAGGUUGCUGCUGCAGAGUCUGAUGUACACCUUGAAUCCGUCCGAUUCGAACACUUCGUUUUCACCGCCGCUUGAACAGCCGCGAAAGAAAGAGAACAGUGUGCCUGAAAUGGGAAGUUCGAGUUGCAAUUGAGCCUUUCAGUGUUACUCUUGUAUAAUGGACGGAGCUGCGACAGAUCGGUCGUGUAUGAAGAAUCAGGGAGGUGUGGCCACUAGCUCCCCUGUUGUCAAUUGUCAGCAGAAGUAUUGCACCAUCAUACGACAGGAAUACCAGGACCCUGCGGGACAGAUCUACACGUUUUACCGUGGAUGCACUUCUUACAGCUUUAACGGGGUGACGGAUGCAGGUGGCUUCAAGGUGUACACUAGGGUUUGCACGACCCACCUCUGCAACAACUGGGAUGGUAUUUCAUCCGGUCCACUAGGAGAGGCUGGUGACGGCGGUGGUGGUGGUGGUUCCGGGGGUAACGGUGAUGCUGGAGGGGGAGGGGGAGGUGGUCCCGGAAUGGGUGAUCCUGGAUAUGACGGUAUUAUACGUGUUAAUGGUACAGGGACCCAGCUGCUGGGAGGCCUGUAUUCCACCCUCACUGGUGUCGUUAUACUGAUGGCAUUUAAUUAGCGUUUAUCCCGCCAACUCUUAUGAGUGUUUUGAAUUGAGCGUGUAAAUUUAACAUAAAUGGAAUAGUCUUUACUGUUCGAUUAAUUUCGCAAACUACUUAACAGAUUUAAAGAAAGAAGGUACUUGGAUUAGUUUGUCUUUUUAUUGCUAUUUGAUUGUAUUUAUUAUUUUUGUUUUGUUGUUAUCUGUAAUUUACCAUUAGUCUUUUGAUGCAGCACACUAAAAUAAAUGCUUUAAUUGAUUAUUAAUUAUGUACGUAAAACGAAGGUAAGACUUAGCCUACGUUGAUAUGAAGAGAAGAAUAAAUUUCAGAAGAACAGACUGCUCUCCAAAA